AUGUCGUACGCGACGUCUGCCAGAAACGUGGAUCAUACCAAGUCCGAGGCGGAGCUUGCAAUCAACAUUCGAAAAGCCACAAGUAUCGAGGAGACCGCGCCGAAACGCAAGCAUGUUCGUAGCUGUAUUGUGUAUACAUGGGACCAUAACAGCUCUGGAGCCUUCUGGGCUGGUAUGAAAGUACAACCUAUUCUUGCGGAUGAGGUUCAGACAUUUAAGGCGUUAAUUACCGUUCACAAAGUUCUACAAGAGGGUCACCCAUCGACUUUACGUGAAGCUAUGUCGAACCGGAGUUGGCUCGACAGUCUGAAUAGAGGCAUGUCCGGCGAAGGUAUGCGGGGUUAUGGACCUUUGAUAAAAGAAUAUGUCAAUUUUCUACUGUCCAAAUUGAGCUUCCAUCAACAACAUCCCGACUUUAAUGGUACAUUUGAAUACGAGGAGUACAUCAGCUUAAAAGGGAUCAACGACCCAAACGAAGGCUAUGAAACCAUUUCGGAUCUUAUGGCUUUGCAAGAUAGGAUCGAACACUUCCAGAAACUGAUAUUUUCGCAUUUCCGAAAUGGGGGCCACAACGAAUGCAGAAUAUCCGCCCUGGUGCCUUUAGUGCAAGAGAGUUAUGGUAUCUACAAGUUUGUCACUAGCAUGCUACGAGCUAUGCACACGACGACCGGUGAUGACGAUGCCCUUGAGCCUUUGAGAGGUAGAUACGAUGCCCAACAUUAUCGCCUUGUAAAGUUCUACUACGAAUGCUCCAACCUUCGAUAUCUCACGAGUUUGAUCACUGUACCCAAGCUACCACAAGAGCCCCCAAAUCUGCUCUCCGAAGAUGAUUCUGCUCCCAGAUUACCGCAGCGGCCGAAGCAAGAAAUUGAGAGGCAAAUCACACCUCCGAAGCCUCCCAAGACGGAAGAGCCGGAUGAAAUUGGUGAAUUUUGGAAGAGCGAACAGGACCGACAAAAUAGAGAGUAUGAGGAACAACAGAGAGUCCUAGCAGAGCAACAGAGACAACAAAUGCUGGCACAACAGCAAGCACAACGUCAGGCGCAGCAAAGUUAUGAAGAACAGCAGCGUUUACUCGCCGAGCAGCAAAGGCGAGAGCAAGAACAAUUGAUGCUACAACAAUCUCAACAACAAACUUAUGGUCGCCUGGCGGAACUCGAACGGGAGAACUUAGAAGCUCGAGCACAAUACGCAAGGGACCAGCUUAUGCUGCAACAAUACGACCAAAAGAUCAAGGCGCUGGAGAGUGAGCUUGCUCAACUGCAGGGCAGUUAUGGACAACAAAUUGGUAGUAAAGAGGAUCAGAUUAGAGCUUUGCAAGAACAAGUUAAUACUUGGAGGACAAAAUACGAAGCGCUUGCGAAAUUAUAUUCACAAUUACGACACGAACACCUCGACCUUCUUCAAAAAUUCAAGAGCGUUCAGCUAAAGGCAGCUUCAGCCCAGGAGUCCAUCGAUAAACGUGAAAAGCUGGAGCGGGAGAUCAAGACCAAGAACCUCGAGCUCGCCGACAUGAUCAGAGAAAGAGAUAGAGCUCUGCAUGAAAAAGAUCGUCUCACUGGUGGGAACCGGGAAGAAGUUGAAAAACUUAAGCGCGAGCUUCGCAUGGCUCUCGAUCGUGCCGAAAACCUGGAGCGGAGUAAAGGCAAUGAACUCUCCACCAUGCUUUCCAAGUACAAUCGUGAAAUGGCAGAUCUCGAGGAGGCACUUCGCAACAAAUCCCGCGCAUUAGGGGAAGUCCAUGCUAAGUACAGUGAAGGAGGUUCGGAUGCCGAAAAAUUGCUGAGGGACAAGGAGGAUGAGCUGGAGGUCUACAAACAAAGUUUGGAUGAUGCACUGAUUAGACUCAAUGAGCUCGAGACGUCCCAAGGGGCCAACGACAAUGCUUUGGAUGGAGAGAUUGAUGCUAUGCUCCUUUCAAAUAUUGGCAAAAUCAACGACAUGAUAGAUUCUGUUCUUCAGAGUGGAGUUCAGCGUGUUGAUGACGCUCUUUACGAACUCGAUUCCACUAUGCAAGCCGGUAACCAGAAUGCCACCCCAUCUUACGUGCUUUCGCAGAUCGAAAAAGCAUCAGCAAGCGCUACUGAAUUCGCCACGGCAUUCAACAAUUUCAUAGCCGAUGGUCCAAUCAGUAACCAUACCGAGAUCAUUCGGACCAUCAAUGUCUUCGCCAGCUCGGUUUCUGACGUCCUUAGCAAUACCAAGGGCCUCACGAGACUUGCGACAGACGAUAAGAAGGCCGAUCAGCUUACCAAUGGCGCACGCCAGUCUGCACAGUCUACUGUUAAGUUUUUCCGUGGUUUGCAAAGCUUCCGAUUGGAUGGUAUGGAUCCAAUGCAACGAACUGAGGUUGUAAUCAACAGCAAUAAUGAGGUACAGAUCCACCUGCAACGCUUGAACAAACUUGCAGAUACAUUUGCGCCAAACAGUGGUAAACUUACAAACAACAAAGGCGACUUGGGCGAUUUGGUAGACAACGAGCUCACUAAGGCUGCUGAUGCAAUUGCUGCUGCUGCUGCACGCCUAGCGAAGCUCAAGUCCAAACCCAAGGAUCAAUACUCAACAUACAAACUUGAGAUCCACGAUUCAAUCCUUGAUGCUGCCAUUGCGGUCACGAACGCUGUCGCAAAGUUAAUUAAAGCAGCUACUGUUACUCAGCAAGAAAUUGUUCAGGCUGGUCGUGGCUCGUCUUCCAAGACCGCUUUUUACAAGAAGAACAACCGAUGGACUGAGGGGCUUAUCUCCGCCGCAAAAGCAGUAGCAACUUCAACCAACACAUUGAUUGAGACCGCAGAUGGAGUUCUUUCAGGGCGCAACAGUCCGGAACAACUUAUCGUUGCUUCUAAUGAAGUUGCAGCCUCUACAGCCCAACUAGUCGCUGCUAGCAGAGUUAAGGCCGGGUUCAUGAGCAAGAGCCAAGAGAGCUUAGAGCAAGCUAGUAAAGCUGUUGGUUCAGCCUGCAGGACUCUUGUCAGACAAGUGCAGAGCAUGAUCAAGGAUAGGGAUCAAGAUGAUGAAGGAGAAGAUUACGCCAAGCUCGGGGCGCAUGAGUUCAAAGUUAGGGAAAUGGAGCAGCAGGUCGAAAUUCUACAACUCGAGAACAACUUGUCGUCAGCGAGGAAAAGAUUGGGCGAGAUGCGAAAGAUAUCCUACAUGGAGGAUUAA